AUGGCUGUUCAAUCUGAAUGUGACUCAGUUACAAAAGAAGUGAAAGAAGUUCUACAACACCAUGACAAACCACUAAAUGUUGGAAUGGUCAAAGAGUCAGCAGACCAGCACACCAUCCCACUAAAAAUUGCCAUUACUGGAGAAUCUGGUUCUGGUAAAUCUACUUUUGUUAAUGCCUUUAGAGGCAUAAACGACGACGAUGAAGGUGCAGCUCCUACGGAUUGUGUAGAAACCACUGAAAAGGGGACACCAUACCCCCAUCCAGAGUAUCCCAGUGUUACCUUAUGGGAUCUCCCUGGAAUUGGUACCACAAAAUUUCCAGCUGAUGAGUACAUGAAGCUCAUUGAAUUUGAGAAGUUUGACUUCUUCAUCAUCAUCUCAGACACUCGCUUCAGAGAAAAUGAUGUGAAACUCGCUCAGGAGAUUCAGAAGAUGGAGAAAAAGUUCUACUUUGUUCGAUCAAAGAUUGACAACGAUUUACGAUCUGAAGAAAGAAGUCAGAGAGAGUUUAAUGCAGAGAAUACCAUUUCACAAAUAAGAGAAAACUGUGUUCAAGGUCUGGCAACACAAGGCAUUGAGUCUCCACGGGUCUUCCUAGUGUCCAGCUUUCAGCUCCACCAGUAUGACUUCUCUCUUUUAUAUGAGACCUUGGAGAGAGAACUUCCUGAACUCAAAAGAAAGGCUCUGCUCUUGGCCACUCCUAGUAUCAACCUGGAAAUCAUUACCAAGAAGAAACAAGCUUUCCAGGUAUCAUUAUAUUGA